AAAACAUCGAACAAGGAUAAGCUGAUACCCAUAUUGUAUUGUGCCUUUGAUCUUCCUUCAAUCUUAUUGCUUGUUGAGUUUUCAACCUCUUUCACAAUGGCUCCCGCUGCCAUCUCCCCCCCAACAUCACCGCGUCCCGACAACGCCACCACCACUACCCCAGCCUCGGACAUUUCGUCGUACCGCGGCUACCACCAUGUGCACUGGUACGUGGGCAACGCCAAGCAAGCCGCGGCCUUCUACGUAGCGCGCAUGGGCUUCGAGCGCAUCGCGUACCGCGGGCUGGAGACAGGCUCACGGGCAACGGCGUCGCACGUGGUGCGAAACGGAGACGUAACGUUUGUGCUGACGUCGCCGCUGCGAUGUCUGGAGCAGAGCUCGCGGUUCAGCGCCGAGGACGAGGCGUUGCUGCGGGAAAUGCAUGCGCAUCAGGAGAGGCACGGGGAUGCUGUUAAAGACGUCGCGUUUGAAGUCGACAAUGUAGACGCCAUAUACUCUGCAGCCGUGGCCUCGGGCGCCGUCUCCAUCGCAGAGCCGCAUACCGUGUCCGACGCGCACGGCAGCGUGCGCCUGGCCACCAUCCGCACGUACGGCGACACGACGCACACGCUGAUCCAGAAGACGUCGUACAGCGGCAUUUUCCUCCCGGGAUACCGCGCGGAAACGGGCAUGAGCAGCGACCCUCUGCAGCGCUUCCUUCCCUCGGUGCACCUCGAAGCCAUCGACCACUGCGUGGGCAACCAAGACUGGGACGAGAUGGAGAAUGCCUGCGCCUACUACGAAAACGUGCUGGGCUUCCACCGCUUCUGGAGCGUCGACGACAAGGACAUUUGCACAGAGUACUCGGCGCUCAAAUCCAUCGUCAUGAGCUCGCCCAACGACGUCGUCAAGAUGCCCAUCAACGAGCCUGCAAAAGGCAAGAAGCAGUCGCAGAUUGAAGAGUACGUUGAUUUCUACGGCGGCCCCGGUGUCCAGCACAUCGCGCUGCGGACCACGAAUAUCAUCGAUGCCAUUACCAAUCUCAAGGCGAGGGGAGUCGAGUUCAUCAAGGUGCCCGAGACGUACUACGAGAAUAUGAAGCUGAGGCUUAAAAAGGCCGGGAUGACGCUGAAUGAGGACUUUGAGACGCUUAGGAGUCUGGAUAUCCUGAUUGAUUUCGACGAGGGCGGAUACUUGCUGCAGCUGUUCACAAAGCAUCUCAUGGACCGGCCGACCGUGUUUAUCGAGAUUAUCCAGCGGAACAAUUUCGAUGGGUUUGGCGCGGGGAACUUUAAGAGCUUGUUCGAGGCUAUUGAGAGGGAGCAGGAGCUGAGGGGGAACUUGGUCUGAGACCAUACGACGUCUUAUGAUGGCAUUUCCAUGGUGUUGGGUUCCUUCUUUCCUUCCUCUUCAUAUACAUAUUCCUCUUCGUCUUUAGCGUGAUACAUAGGAUGCUCUAGCAUCUUGCAAUAUUAGCAUUCUUCAUUUCAUCAUCCAUCGUGUCUU